GCUUUGGGGGGGGGGUGGCGGCUGGCAGGGUGCGCGCGCACGGGGCGUGCAGUGGAUGGAGCUGACUGCGGUCCUGGGGCUUUUCUGUGACCUUGGGUGCAGCCUGACGGCCUCGCGGUCCCUGGGCUGUGAGGCGGACUUGAUGACGUACAGCGCAGGCUUGGAUACGUUUCCGUAGGCGGGGGCCCCGGCUCGGUGCGCUUGCAGGGAUGGCUUGUCGUGGUCUGCACGCCGACAGAAAUGUGGCACAGAGGGCUGUCCUCUGGCCGGCUGAGCAUUUUCGGCCACCCGGGGAGGAACCUCUUCCAGGUGCACCCCCACCCCUUCAGUGAGGCCUUUGCCGCGGCUUCUGAGUUGAUUCCUGCGUGGAAGGUAGACCCCCUAGGCCCUCUGAGUAACGGUCCCUUCCCCCCAGGAUUGAGGGCCUGGAGUGGAAUCUGCAAGGGGAGGGGCACAAGGCCAAGUUAGGGCUGAGGCUGGGGGUGCCUGUGCUGGGAGCCAGGCAGAGUUCACUUCCCGACCCUGGCAGUUCGUGUUAGGAAAAGAGUUGCAGAUCGGGCCGGCGCCGCGGCUCACUAGGCUAAUCCUCCGCCUUGCGGCGCCGGCACACCGGGUUCUAGUCCCAGUCGGGGCGCUGGAUUCUGUCCCGGUUGCCCCUCUUCCAGGCCAGCUCUCUGCUGUUGCCCGGGAAGGCAGUGGAAGAUGGCCCAAGUGCUUGGGCCCUGCACCCCAUGGAAGACCAGGAGAAGCACCUGGCUCCUGCCUUCGGAUCAGCGCGGUGCGCCGGCCACAGCGGCCAUUGGAGGGUGAACCAAUGGCAAAGGAAGACCUUUCUCUCUGUCUCUCUCGCUCUCGCUGUCCACUCUGUCAAAAAAAAAAAAAAAAAAAGUUGCACAUCGGUGCCUCCUCACACGGGGCACCAAAUGUUAGGAGGCAUGGAAUAGAGGAGGCAGUGUACGAAAAUACAGCCAGACCAAAUUUAUCCAGAGAAAAGAAAUCCGUAGAGGUGGGGGACCAGCUGCCCGCAUGCACCUUGAUGGAACACAUGGCUGGAGGCCCUGGCACCCAGGGUCCGGGCACUUUUGUAUUGGGGGGGGGCAGCAGACUGUGGGAAUUCCCAAAACUGGUCUUUAAGUGUUUAAGUGUUCCAAGCAACCUUUCAGGUGGCUGUGGGGGGUGGGGUAUCAAGGCCAUAGGAUGAGAGACCCAAUUGCGAUUCAAGGUCAAGGCAAACAUUCCACCGUGUAUCUCCUUGGGGCAAUGAAGGAGAAGGGCGGAGGCUUCUUUGUUGCAUCAGUUGGGAGCUUGACCAAGCAAAAGCAUCUUCAGGUUCAGGGAGGGGGUGGCGGCCAUGGAAACCUUGCUGUGAACCGAGAUGGCCCCAGGUUUCUGGUAAUGUGGCACCAAGGGGGAAGUGAGGUCUGGGAUUGGGGGCAGGGGGCAGGUGAGGGGCUGGCACCUGGGCGGCCAGUCCUGUUUGCAGUGGGGAGCGUAGGGUCACUUCGAGGACCCUGCUGUUUCUCGUGGGAGGACACUCAGCCCUCUACUUCAUGGCAUGGAUCCAGGCAGAGCCUCAAGGCGUAGGGCCUCAGGCACCGGGUGGGGGGGUGCAGGGCAGGCUGCUCUGUCCCUGCACCUGUUGUCUGCCCUGGCCCUGCCUGGCUCCUGGGAGUGGGCCCACUGGGGUCUGGGGCCUGCCCUGCGCUGACCAGUAGUCGUGACUGAUGACAGGAAGCGUGCUGUCCAGGUCACUGGGGGUCACCAGACUUUGUCCUUCUCUUUAGACAGUCAAGACCAAGUUCCAAUCAGGACAAGUAGCCCUGCCUUUGCUGGGAUGCCAAGGGAGUGGGACGUGCUGUCAGCAAUGAGAAACGCCCGCCCUUAAGCUUGGGUCCUUGCUCGUCUUCGCCAAAAACCAGAGAUGGAGGACUUGGCAUCUGGGACCAAGAAGAGGGUCCUUCCGUCCUGGAUGACAGCCCAGGCGGUGGAGAAGAGAAAAGCGCCCGUGCACACCCCCAAGAGGAGGAGAAUGGCCGCAGUGGCCAUGGCCAGACCCACGAGGAGGACGGUGUACUGCAUGAAUGAGACAGAACUCGUGGAUGUGGCUCUGGGGAUCCUGAUCGAGGUGUCCCGAUACACAGAUGCUGGAAAACACAGAACUCCCCUGGGCGUGACGCGUGCUGCCGGAGCCGCCGUGUCUGUCGGGGGUAGAACCGUUCCGACCUGUUGGCCUCUUCUUAUCAAGCGUUUGUCUCCUGGAUCCCGCCCCGGGAGCGACUGGCCAGCCGCGUCCUGCUCCAGGCUACAUCCAGGGGCCUGUGAGGGCAACCCUGGGCCUUCUCUUCAUGUACCCUGUGCAGUCGUCCCCGGGCGACUCAGCACAGCCCUGGGAACUGGUGACCCCGCAGGGAGCUGACGUCCUUGUCCCAACCUCCACUGAGAUCCGUCAGGAACUGUGGCCCUGGGCCAGGAAUCCCUCCAGUUAGAACUAAACCGGGCAAGGAAAGCGGGGACCCGCGUGACAGCGAGGCGGUGGUUCCGGAUGUCCACGGCAGCCAUUGCGGUCCUAAAGGAGACAUCGCCCUAUGCUAAGAAGCUGCGGGGGCGCCCCCUGCUUGCCAGUGGGCUCCUUAGCUCCCGUGGGAGCUGGGCAUUGGCUCUGAAGAGAUGGCCCCGAGCCUCUCCGGGACCGAACCCUUGCACUGCGCUAACAGCAGCUCUCCGGCUUGCUCCCGUCCUGAGCCCUCGGAGAGAACACAGCGGUGGCCAUGAGCAAGAGCAGGAGGAAGGCCUGGGCCGUGCCCAGAGCUAGAAAGGCCGGGCCCAGCAGAGAGAGCCUGAGCCACUUCCACACGAGGGAGAGGAAGAGGCCCAGGCCGCCGGCCAGCAGCACGGAGGCCGCGGCCAGGAAGCCCACCGCCAGCCGCCACUCCCCCUCGCUCCUAUUACACCAGGCCAGGAGCAGAGGCAGGGGGACGAAGAGGGUGAGGACCAGGGCCCCGUAGACACCGAGCCUGGCCAGAGCCAGGCCCAGCCGCGGCACCCCGAGGGCCUCCAGCUCGGGGAACUGGUGACAGCGCAGGGCGCCGAGGUCCUCGUCCCACAGGCAGAAGUUGUAGAAGCCAAGUCUCAAGUGCGGCAGGUCCACGACGUUGCCGGCUCUGCAGAGGAGGGCGUCAAACAGCAGGGAGAUGACCCCAGCCACCAGCAGGAGGAUGCUCAGGAACGCCACGUGCCUGCCCCAGCGGGGCCCGGGCCCGGCCAUCGCGCCUGCUCCGCACGGCGGGACCUGCGGGGAAGGCACACCGGUGAGUCCCAGCCCCGCAUAAAAUCCUGCAGCAUCGUCCCCCGCAGCCCCCUGGGGAGCUGUGCAAACCUGCUGUUGCGCCAGGGCCUGGCCCGCCACGGGAGCUCCGGGGCUCAUUCCGAGGGGAGGCUGAGCUGAGCAGCAGCGCCAGGACCCCCGGCCUGCAGAACUCAUUUUUUGCGAAAAGACAAAACUGCAUUUUAAAAGUUGUCCUAAAUGAACACAUUAAAGAUUUUUUUUUUUUUAUGUGAAAGAUAGACUUAGAUCUCCCCUCUGCUGGUUCAGUUCCCCAGAUGGCUGCAGCGGCUGGGGCUGGGUUAGGCUAAAGCCUUGAGCCGUCACCUGCUGCUCACAGGUGUGCGUCAGCAGGAAGCUGGAAUCGGAAGUGGAGCCAGGACUUGAACCUGUGUACUCAGAGGAGGUCUCGAGUGGCAUUUGAAUCACUGCGCCCAACACCCACCCCAGAAAAUGAUUUUAGAAGAAAAACAAGGGGGCUGACAUUAUGGCGUACUGUGGCGUACUGGGUUAGGCUGCUGCCUGCAGUGCCAACAUCCCCCAUCGGCCUGGUUCACAGCCUGGCUGCUCCACUUCCGAUCCAGCUCCCUGCUAAUGGUCUGAGAAACCAGGGCCCCCAGCCAUUGUGGUGUGAACCAGUGGAUGGAAGACCUCUCUCUAGCUCUUUCACAUAAAUCUUGAAACAGUUUUUUUUUGUCUCACCACUGUUACUGUUACUGCUUUACCAAUAUUGUUUUGUAUGUGCCAGUAUAAAUUUUUUUCUACUGAGUAUUGUAAAUGUUUUUCAAAGCUGUUACAUAUUAAAAAGGACGAAUGGCAACAUAUGUACAACAUAGAAUGAUGCACUGAACUGUGA